AACAUGAAGAGAACCCGACCCCUUGUGUGUGUAAUUUAGUUGUUUAUUGUUUAUAGCACCACACGCACAAAGUGAGAUAGAAAGAGAGUAAAAAGAGGUUGUUCUGUUCAUCCAACUCUUAAAAAAAAAACAGUGAAAGAGUGUAACUAAAGUUUCUUAGAGUAUCACUCGUCAUAUAUGUUACAUGGACAUGGCUUUGGCUGUGUUUCCAAGUUCAAAAUCAAAACUCAGAAAGACACAAACUCGUUCUCUUGGUGAAACAAGACAACACAAAUGUGGACAAAAACACACAGGGAAACGAAGUUUCAUAAACAUGAAUUUUAGUCUAUGUUUGCGCUCCCCAAUCGCUUCCCUCCUUGUACAUUUUCUCUUUGUCUUUUCUACCCUUUGUUCUGUUCAUUCUUCACAAUUUGGUGACCACCACCUUGUUGCAAAUCAAACUUUUCGGCCGAAGGAAGAGUUGCGCAAGUUGAACGCCAUCAGAAAUCGGCUUCAGCGAAUCAACAAGCCUCCUGUUAAGACAAUUCAGAGUCCUGAUGGAGAUAUAAUAGACUGUGUUGUGUCUCAUAUGCAACAUGCUUUUGAUCAUCCUCUACUAAAAGGACAAAAACCAUUGGAUCCUCCAGAAAGACCAAGAGGGCAUAACCAAAUGGAUGAUGGUGAUUUGAGUGAGAAUUUUCAGUUAUGGAGUUUCUCUGGAGAGUCAUGUCCUGAAGGAACGAUUCCAAUUAGAAGAACAACGGAACAAGACAUGUUGAGAGCAACCUCUGUUCGCAGAUUUGGAAGGAAAAAAAUAAUAAACCGUGUCAGAAGGGACACCAGCGGCAAUGGACAUGAGCAUGCAAUUGGGUAUGUGACAGGAGAUCAGUACUACGGAUCAAAGGCUAGCAUAAACGUGUGGGCACCCCUUGUGGAAAACCCAUAUGAAUUCAGCUUGUCUCAAAUGUGGGUCAUUUCUGGUUCAUUUGGGGAUGAUCUCAACACCAUUGAGGCUGGUUGGCAGGUCAGCCCGGAGCUAUAUGGGGACAGCUACCCUAGAUUCUUUACUUAUUGGACGACUGAUGCAUAUCAAGCAACUGGGUGUUACAAUUUACUAUGCUCAGGCUUUGUUCAAACAAACAGUAAAAUUGCAAUUGGAGCAGCAAUCUCUCCAACUUCUUCAUAUAGUGGUGGACAAUUUGAUAUUAGCUUACUCAUUUGGAAGGAUCCAAAGCAUGGUAAUUGGUGGCUUGAAUUUGGAUCAGGGAUCCUAGUUGGAUACUGGCCAUCCUUCUUGUUCACCCACUUAGGGGAUCAUGCAAGCAUGAUUCAAUUUGGUGGAGAAAUAGUGAAUUCAGGGUCAUCAGGGUCUCACACUUCCACCCAAAUGGGUAGUGGACAUUUUGCUGAAGAGGGUUUUGCAAAAGCUUCAUAUUUUAGGAACAUGCAAGUUGUGGAUUGGGAUAACAACUUGAUUCCCUUGUCAAAUUUAAAGGUUCUAGCUGAUCACCCCAAUUGCUAUGACAUACAAGGAGGGGUUAAUAAUGCGUGGGGGAAUUAUUUUUACUAUGGUGGACCCGGCAGAAAUGUAAAGUGUCCCUAAGGGAAUCAAUGAUAUAGAAUUUAUAGGUAAAGGUGAACCCUUUUUUUUGUAUCUUUAAUUCCUUUUGGGCAUUUUAGGGGGAUAGGGUUUUGUUCUCAAGCUCAAUCAAUGAACUUGGGUCAUUUAUUUUUUAUAUUAAAUUAAGGUUCUUAAUAAUUUAUUUAUUUUAUUUUGACUAACAGGUUAUAAACACACCAUUACCACCUGGACUCUUUUUGUAUAUCUUGGAAGAGAAAUAGUAAAUAUACUGCCUCUAUUAAUGGCAUCCCUUCCCCUGCCCAAAUUCCAGCAGUGUUCCUUCUAUAUUUCUUUCUCAUCUUCAAAUACUUAUAAAUUAUAAUAAUA